AUGCUGGACAGCUACCCGUACCUUGCCAAGAACGGCAUUUGCAAGGCCUCCGGCUGCACUGUGGGCAUUCCUGCGCGCGGCGUCACAGGCUACAAGGAUGUGAAGGCUGACGACGAGCAGUCGCUGAUGGAUGCCGUCUCCAAGCAGCCUGUGUCUGUGGCCAUUGAGGCUGACCAGAUGGCAUUCCAGCUCUACAAGGGCGGUGUCCUCAGCAAGACCUGCGGCACCAAGUUGGACCACGGCGUGCUGGUUGUGGGCUACGGCACUGAGGACGGUAAGGAUUACUGGCUUGUCAAGAACAGCUGGGGAGCUACCUGGGGCGAGCAGGGCUACGUGAAGCUGGAGCGUGGCAAGCCGGGACCCGGUGAGUGCGGCAUCAAGAGCCAGGCAUCCUACCCCAUCGUGUCUGGCAAGCCAGGCCCCUCUCCUUCCCCAUCGCCUCCGUCUCCUCCGUCUCCUCCUACGCCCAGCAAGAGCCACUAUGAGAAGCCUCCAUGCCAGAGCGAUGAGACGCAGGCCGAAGUGGAGGGCGCCGGCGGCAGCGUGUGCGCCCCCAAGUGCGACACAGGCUCUUGCCCAACAGACGUUCCGGAGGGCACCACGGCCAAGCCCAUGUGCAUCUUACAGGACUCCAGCACUGGGGACAAGUACUGCGCUCUUGCCUGCAUCCUAGGCGGCUGCCCCAGCGGUUCCAAGUGCGUGCACCUCUCCAGCAUACUGGGUGUCUGCAUUUACCCCGACUCCGAAUCCGGCAUGAAGCUUGGAGUUGUGCCAGACACCAGCGAGAUCACAGUCUAA